AUGAAACUAAUCACUGUGUAUUUGUUAUUGGUUUUAGGAUACUCCCAAUUACUGGAGAAGUAUUAGAUAAUAGGAAAUCCAAAACCUAGUUUGGUGAGUAUUUUAACAGAAUUGUAAACUCAAAUAAAAUCAGGAGGAGCCCAAACUACAACAAUAGCAUUUUUGGAUAAUCUAAAAUCAACAAUAGACGAAGAAUAAAUAAGACAUGAUUAAUUGUAUACAUAACAAAGAAAUUAAUGUUCAUUGGAAUUAGACUUAAGAAAAAAAGACAUAAAAGAUGCCGAAUAGGUUGGUUCUAGAGCUAAUGAAUAAUUAGAAAACUGUUCCACUUCCAAUAACAAAGCAAGAUCUGAAUUAGAUAAUAAUCUGGAAUCCUAAAAAACUACAGAUAGCGAUAUCAAAAUUUUGAAAAGCAUUAGAGAUGAAGCAGCAAGAUUGUUUUCAAAUAAAAGGAGAGAUCAUCUAGACGCUUUAACAUCACUUUAAUAGGUGCUACUCACUUUAGAUGGAUUCACAGGGGGGGAUUGCUCAUUAGCUGAAUUAGGAAAAGUGGCUAUGGCUUUUAUUUAAACAGCAGUGAUAGCUAAGAAUGAUCAACCUUUGGUAGAGAUCUCCGAGAUAUUCGCAUAAGUUGCAACUGAAAAUGGAGGAUAUAGAGAAGUUUAUGAAAAAUUAAAAUAAUUAAUUGUUAACUUUGAACAGACCUUAUAAAAAAACUUAUAAGACUAUUAAGAAGUGGAGGACUUGCAAAUUUAGGAAUAUGAUGAUCGUAACAUUCAUUUAGUUGAAUAUUUCAAUAAUCUGAAAAGAACAGAACAAUAAUUAAGAGAUCAUAUAACUGCUAUGAGUAUGUGCAUAAAUUAAUAAACAGCAAUUGUGGAUACUGCAAGGGGAAAGAAGGUGAGAAAUCUGCAAAUGUUGGAUUCAGUUGAUAAAAUGUGCAAGGACUUCUUAUCAGAGUACGAAAAGGCAAGUCAAGUGAGGAAGGAUCAGAUUGAUCUUAUAAGUCAAGUGAAACAAUCUGUUUAUGAUUUCUACUCUUAAAAACCAUAAGCUGCUUGUCCAGGGGGAGGAAGUGAUUGA